UGUGGGAUGGAGGGGAGUAUAUUCUAGUUCUACCAGCGUUGCAGAGAAACAAAAGAGUUUCUGAAAAUGUUACCUAGUCUUCAAACUCUAUUGUGCUUCCUUUAUAGUGUAGAUGAGUGGGAGGGAAGUACUCUGUGGCAGCCCAUGCCAUAAAUUACUAUCUAACAAUUGCUCAGACUCUGCUUUAGUUGCUGCUGGAAAUGGUGGGCUUCUUCCCAGGAGAAGUAAUACUGAGAAAAGGUCAGCGCAUUCAUUAUCCUUCUGAGUACAAGAACAGCAGCAUAGAAACGUUCCUCUUCAGGCAACAGCCGGACACCACACAGAGCAGCGACAUUUAAAUGGAUGAAAGACAACCCGUUUUGCCUCUUACUGUUCAUCUCCUUGCCAACUCGGGUGAUUCACUUGCCUUUCAACUUGCCGUGGACCGUCUUCUUCACAGGAUAUGCCCAGACGUGCCGUUGUUUCUUGUGUCUGAACGGGCCGCCGCCAUUAAGCUGUAUGAGUGCCAAAAGCAAAGGCCUGAAUUCCCAGGGAUAUCAGUGACACUGUUCCUGCGUGAGGACUUGGGGGAGGAAAGGCUUGAUCUCCUGCAAGGUUUUUUCCAGCUACCUCCAUGGACUCAUCUCAUCACAGACUUCCAGCAAGGAAGAUGCUGCCCUGUUAAAGUGCCUCUUUGUGAUUAUUAUAGUCUGGAUCCACACAUGCCCGUGUGGGAAAUAAGACAUGUCCAUUAUGGCACAGAAAUUGUCAGACUCACUGUGUAUUGUAGCUGUGAUAACUACGAAGAUGCAGUGAGGCUGUAUGAAACAAUCCUGCAAAAGGAGGCAACUAGCCAAAAAGUUGGGUUUUGUUUCUUUGUGUUGUUUUCCACAAGGCAUGUGUCUGUGCAGCUCUCCCUAAAGCAGCUGCACCCAGGGAUAUCUGUGCAAGUUAAGGGUGCGUGUGCCCUGCAGUUUGACGUUCAUGCAGUUGGACAACUGGUUCCCUUGCUGCCCUAUCCUUGUGUGCCCAUCAGUGAUACCAGAUGGCAAACUCAAGAUUACGACGGGAACAAAAUCCUCCUUCUGGUUGUUGGCAAUACUACAGCAACGCAAAUGAAGGCUGAAAGCAAAACUGCCAGCGCACUAAUGGUGAAUCCUGAUAGGCCGUCAUUGCUGUUCAGCCCUCUGAAUAGAAGUAUUGAAGCCAAAGCUCAGACUGCAAAAGAUAAAAACCCUACAAAUGCCUCUGUGCUGUGUGACUCCCUGGAUGAAAGUGAAACAGUAUACAAUGGCUCCAGUCCCACUCAGAAAAUGAUGACACCACAUGGUAUUCAAAUGAAAGAAACUGAGAGCAAUGUGGAUACGGGAUAUACAGUUAUCAGCCUGACAAGUCAGCAGGCUUAUAUUUGUGAGCUUUUAGAGGAUAAGCAGAAUGCUCCUGCUUCAGAAGAUAUUUACUUUUCUACUUCACAAAGCAAAAGCCCUCAGAAUUUGCCCUGUAAGCGAGAAGAGUCUUCAUCCUCUGAUGUGGCCAAAGGUGGGACAGCAUUUGGUACGGCUGGAAACGUGUUCCACCUUGAGAGAGACCAGAUCCAAAACAUCAAUAUCAACGAAGAAGAGUUUUUUAUUUGACUUAAAUGAAUGUGGAAUUAACUUUGGGAAGUAAAUGUUUCAUGUUUAUACUAGACAAUUGUCUGCAUGGAAGAGCCCCCUGUAUAUGUCAGCAAUGGGACACGGGGAGGCCCAUUUAUCAAAGUCCGAAUUUAUCUCAUUAAAGUCUGACCAAAUCCGCACACGGGUUUUUUUUCCCCUUAUUUAUCAAUACAUUUUCCCAAAAAGUUUCCUGUGCGAAA